AUGCAACGAUCAGUUAGCAGUAAUGAUGUGGAGAUAAAGUCGGAGUUGCACCAUAGAAGUGAGCCACAAAACUCCAAGUACUCUGCACCAACCAAAGAGGAGAUAGAAGAUCAUUCAUGCGAUGCAGGAAACCAAACAGAAGAUCAUUACAAACAGCGAUUAUCACCUUUUAGGUACAAGUUACGAUCCUACUUGUUACCAAUUGUACGGUACGAAACUGACAUACUAUACCAGUUACAAUCGACGUUGCGCAACCAUAUAUUUGACUUUUAUUUUGCUUGGACUGCCAAUUUGGCAAGCCAUACUUUCUAUGUCUUGAUGUUACCCCCACCUAUAUGGUUUGGCGCCAGCAAGAUGGCAAGAGACUUGGUUUAUGUCUUGGGGUUGGGAAUCUACUUGACAGGGUUCUUGAAAGAUUACUUCUGUUUACCACGGCCAAGAUCACCACCAUUGCACAGGAUUACAAUGUCUAGUUACACCACUCAAGAGUAUGGAUUUCCUUCGUCACAUUCAGCCAAUGCCACCGCAGUCACAUUGGUGGUUAUGAGCAAUAUUGUCAUGCAUCGAGGAGCUCUUGAUUCGAAAACGUAUUAUAGUCUUUUGAUUGGACUCGGAAUUUAUUACUUUUCACUAAUAUUUGGCAGGUUGUACACGGGUAUGCAUGGAUUUCUUGACAUAUUGACGGGUUCUGCCGUCGGGUUGAGUGUGUUUUUGUUUCGCUUUUACCUUGGUGAGCAGUGGGAUACAUUGAUGUUUAGUCACGGAUAUGUAUUUGGAGUAGCUUUGAUUUUGGGGCUCAAUUUAUUGAUGAUUCACAUAUACCCUGAACCGAUUGAUGAUUGUCCAUGUUUUGACGAUUCUGUUGCCUUUGUUGGAGUGUUGAUUGGAUUGGAUUUGAGUCAUCUUGUAUGCUACCAGACCAAAUUGUUGUUCAAGUUGAAUGAGAUUGGGGACUAUUUUCUUAUUCCAUUUUUGAACAACGGAGGUCCGCUAAAAGUCUUUGCUCGUUUCUGUCUUGGUGUUGGCUUGGUAGUGACUUGGAAAUCGAUAUCAAAGCCAGUCAUAUUCACCGUCUUGCCACCAUUGUAUAAAAUUAUUGGUGUUUAUCUUCCGAGACGAAACUACAUUUCAACUGCACAUACUAGAGAGCCUACGAGGAACAUUAGGUCUGCAUCGAUAUCUAAUGAUGUUGACCAAAUUGGUAACAUCAACAAAUUCAUAAAGGGGGUUUCUGAUCAUAGUCAACUUGAUUCAUAUGGACCAAGCAGUGACAUCGAUUACUACGAAAUCAUGGACUAUAACAAAGGUCAAAAGGGAAACCCUAUUGAUUUGGACAAGUUGAACUUCAAGAGUGGUGUUUUCAAAGACCGUUAUGACGUGGAGAUUGUAGGCCGAUUGAUUAUUUACGCGGGUGUGUCGACUGCUUCAGUUAUUGCAUUCUACUUCGUUUCCGACUAUCUCCAUUUGUGA